GUGGAUUAAGAAGAAUAAUAUUAAGAAGAAGAAGAAGAAGGAGGAGGAGGAGGAGGAGGAGGAGGAGGAGAAGAAGAAGAGAAAGCAGAAAGAGAAGAAGAAGAAGAAAGAGAAGAUCCGGGAUAAGGAUAGAUUUGGAAGAGGGUGAAGGAAUCAAGCGAAAGCAAGAAGUCGGCAGAGCAAGGACGAAGGAAAGGAAGCAAGAAGAGAAGAAGCUCGUUAGAGAGAACCUCGCGCCGCAUACAUAUAUAUUUCAGUGUGUUCAAAAAACGAGUGUACCUAAGUGCAAUAUUAUUAAAGCUAAACGAUAAUAAGAAGCAACCACAACUACCAUCGACGAUAUCGGUAACGACGAGCGGUUAAUCGAUAAUCGAAUAGAAUUCCUUUUAAAGAGUUAAAAACCCUAGAGUCGCAUUUCGAGGAGGAGUCGUGUGAACAGACGCGAAACAAACAGGACGAAGGAUCGUAUAGGAGAGGACGCGGGCACCGCUGAAGCUGUAAACGAAAGGAGAAACGGCGAUCGGUAGCGGCGGAUGCCAGCCACAGCGUCUUCGACACACGCUGUGCAGACGGAGUGACCGAAAUCCCGACAGAGGAGAACUGCCGUCCCGGUUCAAAGAAAUCACACUACGUAUCACACACGGCCGACGCGCCAGUCCCUUUUCCUUCGGCUUUCGACGAAAGGGCUUGCACGUUCGCACACACGCACACACACGCACAUCGACAUAACGGGGCUACUAACUACUCAGGGCAAAGCGGGACGAGCAGUAUCAUCCGCCAAGUGUGAUUUCUCACCCGGCAGCACAGACUGCACUACGACACAUACUUCGACCAACAACAGAGAGUCUCGCGUCUGCACGGACUGUCCUUCUCGUUCACACCGUCCGGGCUGGGCAAUCCUGAAUUUUAACCUGAACUUAAGUGUAUGAUAGACUUUAAGUUAGAUAGAACAAAGAAAUAGGCUGUUCUCCGCUGACGGAGGACGUCCAUUCGCGCGCGCAUCGAUUCAUCAGGCACACACACGCGCGCGCUCACACAUACACACACGCACGCACGCACAUACACACACAAACACACAUACUCGCGCGCGCACGCACGCACACUCACACGCACACACGCGCGCGCACGCAAUAAAACGGGCGCGCGCGCGCACACGGGUAGAAGAAACACGUACGUAUCAGAACGUUAAUGCACGUUAGUGGAAGGAGGAUCUGAGGAAGAAGAAGAAGAAGAAGAAGAAGAAGAAGAAGCAGAAGAAGAAGGAGAAGAAGAAGGAGCUGCUAGAAUCACCGAACUGCGGAGACGCUUGUACACGAUCAGCGAGAGAUAUAAAGAGCUAUCGGUAUCAAUAUCGGUGAUCGAGUUACGGGAGGCGGGUUUCGAAAGAUCGAGAAAAGUGGAAGGGCCAUCGAUCGUAGAGAGAACAACGGAUCGGUGGUGCUUGCGAAUAAGACGAAGAAGACCGGAGAGGAGCCAACGACGAGACAAGUGAGGAAAGAGGCCGAGUGGCGCAAGAGGCCGCGGUACCAAGGCAGAGUGAGAAACGGCCGAAGAAGAGGCAAAAAAAAGAGGCAAGAGGUGUAUCGAGGGAAAGAGUUUCAUGAGCCAAGUAGCGGGAGGCAGCAGCAGCAGCAACAGCAGCAGCAGCAGCAGCAGCAGCAGCAGGCCCGGAAAGUCGAAGCAGGUGGCGAGUAAGUGACGUUGCCCGCCGCCCACGUCGAGCGAGGAUCGUUGUCCUUAAGACGAUCCUGGGCUAAGAAGAGCGCGAUACAGCGGAGAGAAAGAUAGGAAGGAACGGCGGCGAGCGCGGAAGUGUGCCGGCCGUCGAGCUGCUUACCGAAAGGGGUGCGAAAAAGCGGGCAAGCUGCGCCGGAAGGGGGUAGCCCGGGCUUCUCGCGAAGGCCUCAAAAUUUCGGACGCGACGGCGGCCCUGGACCUACGUGCCCAGACGCAAACCCAACCCGACUUUGGCUUGGACCACCACCAACAGCAGAAUCACCAUCAACACCAACAGCAGCAGCAACAACAACAACAACAGCACCAGCAGCACCAGCAGCACCAGCAGCACCAGCAGCAGCAACAUCAGCAGCAGCAGGGCCAAAAUCCAGAUUCGCGACCACACCAUCACCUUCAGCAGCAUCAUCAUCAUCAGCAUCAUCCCGGAAAUCAUCUCCACUCUGGCGAUUCGGGGGGUGGGAUAGGAGGUGGAGGAGGUGGCGGUGGAGCCGGUGGAGGUGGCGGUGGCGGAAGUGGUGGCGGUGGAAGUGGCGGUGGUGUUGCUGGUGUUGGUGGAGGAGGGUCGGCCGGGCCCGAGGUUGACAGAUCCGUCAGGAUCCACGACGAGGACGACGAGGAUAUCACCGAGAGGGAGGACGAGGAGGAAGACGAGGAUCCUUGCAGCUCGCCCGAACCGGACCUCGAAAACGAGCCGGAGCCCAUGGAGGUCCAAGCCUCGGCCGUCACAGCGGCGGCCGCGAAUCUUCACGCGCUGCGACAGCAUGUUUUCAAAAUGUCGGACUACUGGCAACAACCGCAACGGGGUCCGCCUCAGCAUUCGCCGGGCAUACAGCACAGCCCUAUCUCCAACUCGACUCAACAGCAAGUGCAACAGAUGCACAGCCCUCUUGGUCAGCAGCAGCAGCAGCAACAACAACAACAGCAGCAGCAGCAGCAGCAACAACAACAACAACAACAACAGAACGUCUCGCAGGUGCAGCAGACCGCUAACGCGGCAUUAGGACAGACCGCCAGUCCGCAACAGCAGAUGCAGCAACAACAACAGCACGCGAUGUCCAUGGGCCAACAAACGGCUCAAGGAGCGCAGCAUCAGUCUUCGCCGGCACCGACGACGCCCUCGCCGCAGGCCGACCAUCAGGGCGCCAUCACGUCCAGCAUGGCCCAGAGUCUUCACAGUCUCGCACAAGCACAACAAAGCCUGUCCCAAGCCUCGAGUCCGUCGUUGGCCGUUCAAGCGGUCCAGGCCGCUCAGGCUCUCAAUCAGAACCUGGGGCAGGCGUUGACUCAAGCCUUGACGCAGAACAUGCAACAGAACCUAGGACAAACUCUGCAGCACAAUCUCGCGCAAAGUCUGACUCCGAGUCUGUCUCCCCAACAACAGCAACAGUUGCUCAAUCAGCCGCAGAACUUAAGCCAGGCCAGCCAGAACCUGCAACAAAAUAUCCAAAGUCAGGCGCAGAAUUUGUCGCAAACGUUGCAGCAACAGGCGCAGAAUUUGACCCAGAACCUCGGCCAGAGCUUGAGUCAACAGGCGCUGCAACAACAGGCAGCGCAAAACCUUACGCAGAAUUUGCAACAACAGGCUCAAAAUUUGACGCAGAACCUGCAACAGCAGGCGCUCAACAUGGCGGGCAGCAUCGCUCAGAACGGAGCCCUCGCCGGGAUGAAUAUGUCGGCCAACCAACAACAGAACUCCCAGAACUCGAUGCUAAGUCCGGGCGCGACCAGCCAAGACUCCCACGAUGCCAGCCUGACUGAAAAGCUUGUCAACGAGCUGCAGUCUCGUGCCUCUGCGGCGGGACUUGGAGGUGCGGGAGGCGCCGGCGGAGGCGGAGGAAUGGGCAACAUCAGCGAACGCACCCUCGAGGAAUGCUGGUCCACCCUGCAACGAUUCUUCUCGCAGAUCUUCAUGCACAAGAGCGCGAUGCAGAUGCACGCGAGGGAGCUCGGCGCGGCGGGUGCACUGACGGGGAGAGCUGGCGGCGGCGUGGCGGGCGGACUGGCAGGCCUGGGUCCGAUCGGCGUCGGGCCGGGCGGCAUGAUCGCCGGCAACGAGGUAAAGCCACACCAGUGCCAGCAAUGCCUCAAGUCAUUCUCCAGCAACCACCAGCUCGUACAGCACAUCAGGGUCCAUACUGGCGAGAAACCGUACAAAUGCAGCUAUUGCGACCGCAGGUUCAAGCAGCUCAGUCAUGUACAGCAACAUACCCGCCUGCAUACGGGUGAACGUCCGUACAAGUGCCAUCUACCGGAUUGCGGGCGGGCAUUCAUUCAAUUAUCGAAUUUGCAGCAACACCUUCGAAAUCACGACGCACAGGUGGAACGGGCGAAGAACCGGCCGUUCCAUUGCAACAUCUGCGGCAAAGGCUUCGCCACAGAAUCCAGCCUUCGUACCCACACGUCGAAGGUCAGUCAUUGUUCCAAGUACCCAUGGCAACGAUUAAAGGAGUUGCAACAGCGUGUUGUGUUCCAGCAACACGCCGCCCUGAUCGGCGGCCCGAACGCAACCAGCUGCCCCGUCUGCCACAAACUCUUCCUCGGUGGCGAAGCUCUCAUGGAGCACAUGAAGCACACCCACAAGGAUCCGAAUGCCUCCGGCGUUGCCAUUCCCUCCGCUGACUGCACAACCUCCGUUGCCGGGGUUUACCUAGCGAAGCGACGGACCGCCAACCACCCGUGUCCAGUGUGCGGAAAACACUACGUCAACGAGGGUAGUCUUAGGAAACACUUGGCCUGCCAUCCUGAGACCAGUCAACUUAGCACAAGCCUCAGGAUGUGGCCGUGCUCGGUGUGCCAAGCCGUCUUCACUCAUGAGAGCGGUUUGUUGAGUCACAUGGAGCACAUGAGGAUGGACCCCAAGCAUCAGUUUGCGGCGCAAUACGUUUUAAGUCGCGCCGCCGCCGAGAGGCGGGAGAGAGAAAUCCUUGCGUCUUCGAGUCUAGGUGCGGGAUUGGGUGUUUUGGGAAGCCAAACAGGCGGACCACAAAAUUUGCAACAACCGCCGAUGUGCCCUUCGCCGUCGGCUCAUUCGGACAGCAGCAGUGGAAACGGAAGAUUAUCGUCGGCCGGUAGUGAACCUGACUUUUGCGCAGGUACCGGUCUGCUCAACAACAACAACAAUAACAACAACAACAAUAUGGCGUCGCCGGGGCCGAGUGGCAACAAGCUGAGCGAGAUGCUACGAGCAGGAAGUCAACCAGGCUCCGCGCAACAAUACCACGACGAGAUGCAGUCGCAACAACAACGUAUGGCAGUGAUGGCCGCCGCUGUGUCAGCGGGUUUACAAAAUUCAGUGUCGCCGAAUCUAUCACCGGUGGACAUGGCGUCCCUGGCGGCGGCAAUGAGGAUGGGAAACAACGGUGACAUGAGCGGUGGUGCGCAAGGAUCAACGGGACCGCAACAACAGGGAGUUCAAGCAACCGGACCAGAACAGACUCUGAGAAUGCACCAGGCGGAAGCCUUACUGCGUUCUCAAGCCGAAGCCGCGCUCAGGCUGGCUGUGUCGCAGGCUGCAGCGGCGGCAGCCAGUUCCGCGGUUGGCGGUGACGUGAGGCAUCAUUUGGGACAGCAUAACGGAGGCAGCACCUCUGGCAUGCCUGGACAUCACACGAACCAGCAGAUGUCUCAACAAGAUACCUUACCGCCUGACCUUGGGGAAGCGCUGCGAUUACAAGAGCAGCGAUUAGAACAGGCCCUGAGGCUUCACGGUGAUCCUCGAGCCCUAAGUUUCACUCUCCAGCAUGUCGUCAAUCAACAGAACAAUCAGCAACCAUGAAAAUUCAGUUACUACUGAGACGAGUGGACCCCUUGGACGUCGGAUCAGACGGGCCUGCAGCAAAUUGAGAGACUCAAUCAGCAACCUCUUCAAGGCGCUGAACGUUCAAUAACUCUCAACGAGCAACAACAGCAAGGUUCGUCUGGCAUCGGUCUUCAGCAGCAACAACAACAUCAGCAGCAGCAGCAACAGCAACAUCAUCAGCAGCAGCAGCAGCAGCAUCACCACCACCACCACCACCAGCAGCAGCAGCAGCAGCAUCACCACCAUCAAUCGCAGCAACAGCAACACCAACAACAACAACAACAGCAGCAGCAGCAGCAGCAGCAUCCUGAAGAUCGUGGUAUCAAGAGGAAGGCCGACGAUAUGAUCGGUAACUCUGACAACGUGUAAAGAGAACGACGUACACGGACGAUGAACAGUGCGAACCGUUUAUCGUCUUCUACGUCGAUUCUAACAUAUAAAAGGCGUCCAAGUGAGGUCAUCCGCGAAAUUACUCCUGUCUCAGCAGUAGAAACGAAUUAUUUCAGUAAAUUAACUAAUUAAGAGUCUGAAAAAUGAAGAAUGAUCGUUUUUCAGAUUCUCGAGAAAAAUCCUAUUUUCACUCGGUGAACGCGCGACGAUUGGAAGAGAUCGUCGUGGUCGAGCCAAUCGUGAAACUCCUAUCUUCGAGAGAACGAAGAAGGAGGGCAGGAUAACGGUCAUACGUAUCUAGAAAUCCGUUAGACGGUGCGUGACGAGAACAGCGGUGGCAAUGAUUUUCUAGCGGCACGCGAUUCUUCGCGUGGAUCACGUUGUUCCUACUCGAGUCCUGGAUCUAGAGUUCCUAGAACGACGACGCUCGCCGAACGAGAGGGCCGUCGCUCGUCGGAGGACGGUUCGCCGGUUUUCUCUUUCGAGCGAUAUUGCUUGUUUCGUUGAGUCGCUCUGUCAGAAUUCUCAGGACGCAUUGUUACAACCGCUGUUCCACAUCAGCCCUGAAACGUGCCAUAAUAUAUCGAACGAAACUGCUAACCGACGCGCGCCUUGUCGUCGUCCCUCGAGUCAAGAGGUGACUUCAGGUUGCGCUAGAGUACUAUGGUUUUUUUUAGUACAAGAGCCAAACGUAGACUCGGGCAAGCUGGAUAGGCGACAAGCAAUCGUGCUCGUUGCAGCGGCCGGUCUAGGCUCAACAAACUAAACUAUAUAUAUACAUAUAUACAUACCUAGAAACCAGUUUAAGGUCCCUUAAUCUUAGCUCCCGUAACGUUUAAGCGAGAAACAACGCGUCUGAUAUGUGCGUAAACGCGGCCAGGUGGAUCAGCUAAUCCUCGUACGUUCGUUGGUUAAAUACGCGUACACGUUAUCCCCUUCCCGUUUAUCGGACAAACGCGCAACAAGUUAGAAAAACGGACGGUCUGAUCCGCGAAAUCGUGCGGCGCGACGCGGCACGGCGAGUGGUACUCGCCGUCGCCCGUCGACUACCUUAGUGAUACACGAGUACACAGAGAGAAACGAACACGAAAACUUGUUACACAGAAACACUAAACACCAACACACCUAAUUAUACACGCGAAAUAAAAAUCUACUACACGUAAGAAUAUAAAAAUGCGCGCAACUUGUGCUGAUCGGCAGCACGAAAACUAUUAGCUCGUAAGCGAACAAACAAAAUAUAAUUAUUACAAACAGUUAUAUUAUAUAUAUUAUAUAUACAUACAGAGAGUCUGGAGUGUACGAUGGAAACAAAACGAAAAAAGAAUUCACACGAUGGAAUGGGAUGGGACGGGGGCCCGAGGAACGGGCCCCCCUCCUUUCGAUGUACUACACGUGCACAUUUUCAAAGAAUAAUCGUGAGAGUGUACGGGAGCAUUUUUCGUGAAACGAGCACACCAGAAAAAUGACGAAGAACGAGGUGAAAAUAAGAAAGAUGAAGAUAAAAAAAUGAUGAUGAAGAGAGAGAAAUAAAAAAAACUAAAUGCUAAAUAUUAUAUAUAUUAUAUAUAUAUAUAUAUAAAUAUUAUAAAUAAUAGAUAUAGGGUCUAUGAGACUAGGAUAAAUUAGGCGAAAGAGAAAAUCGAAUGAAUGGGUAGCGCGUGCCCGGGCAGUGGUACACGAUCGAGCCAAGAGCCACGCCGACGAAAGAAUGGAAGGGACGCAGACGAGAAUCGAGAGAGAUGCCAGAAUGCGCACACGCGAGAAAGAUCGGGAGAAAGACGGGAGAAAGACGGGAGAAAGACGGGAGAGAGACGGGAGAAAGACGGGAGAAUGAGGAAAGAGCAAGGGAGCAAGAGAGCACGUGCAAGAUUUCGUGAAUGAACGGCCUUGGAAUUGUCGCGUACGUGCAAGGGCACGCGGUUGAAUGAAAGAGAAGCUGCGCGAAAGAGAAUGCUUCGUGAGCAUCAAGGAGGAGAGAGUGCGAGAAUGAAGCGAAUGAGAGAUUUUAGAGUGGCGUGCUUCAGGUAAUCUGAGGUCCUGUGAUCGUUAUAAGCGAAAUAUUUUUUUAUUUCCGGGUAUAUAUCUGAACGCGUAAAAAUACUUGCGUCGUUUCGAACUUUUACUUGCAAUAUACCGUUACGUUCUCGCAAUACUUAGAAAGAAGAAGAAGGAGAAGCAGAACAGAGGUGGAUCAUUGAAAAAAAGAAAUACGAAGAUGAGGAUGACGAGGGAGAGGAGAAGAAGAAGAAUAUAUAGAAAGUCCGUAGGUUUGACCGUGGAGCGAACUUUAGAGACUCGGGCCAACCCCUAACUCCUAAAUACCUCUUUGUAAUGCCCCAUCAAUUUCGACCCCGAUUCCCCUUUUCCCGACCUUUUAUGAAACUCCCGGACUGUCCGUACUUUCGAUGGGGUUUCUUUCGGCCAGACCAGACGAGAUGAAACGAAACGUUAGACCGUGAAAAACCACACGCGCAUCCAAAAAGAAACGCGUUCCUCUCUUCCAACUCGAAUCUUCGUUUAAAAUGAGAACCGAUGCGGACGGUUAUUCGAAAUUCAACGUGAAAUUUGUUCGACGAGAAAGGGAAAAAAAAAAUAUAUAUAUAUAUAGAGAGAGAGAGAGAGAGAGAGGGUGGGAGAGAGAGAAACGGAAUGAAAAAAAAAAACUAGUGCGAAAAACGAUAAAGAGGUGGUCCAAAAGAAAAUUCUAAACAAAAAUAUCAUCCAAAAGAUAUCGUUCAAACGACGAUUCACCUACGACACGUUCGAUUUCUUCGUUUCUUCGACUGGCAAUCGUGGACUGAAGAGUGCGGAAACGAAUGGUAGCGUGCCGAAUUUUUUCUUCCCCGUGACAUCGUACGUCGACCGCGUUGUUGUUGUUGUUGUUGAUCCCGCCCUUCGGAGAUUCUCGACGAGACUUUCGUUCCGUGACCGGUUCGUACGAAUUUCCCCCGUUCCUCCACUUUUCUACUUUUCAUUCCCAUUAACUCCAUGAUCGCUUCUAUCCUUUGAACGAUUUUCCUAAUUCCGGGUAUCCCGAGGCAAAGAUAAGAACGAACGAGAAGGUAAUUUUCCUGUCCUCGAGCUUGUUAAUUUCGAAAGUGAACCUUCCUAACGACGAAAGAAAGAAAAAAGAAGGAACAGCAAAGAGAGAAUAGAAAUUGCAAAGAUGGAAGAAAAAUUUGGAAGAUCGCGAAAAGGAAAUUCUUCAACUCCGAAUUGUAUCCCAACUACUCCGUUUCUCUUCAGGGGAUCCCCCUUUUUAACCCCUUUGUUCGCCAAUUAUGAAAGUAGCCUAACGUCGUCAUCUUCGUUGAACGUAAAAGACACGCGCCGAGAAGCCGCCGGAUAGCCAGGCUUUUUCACCAUCUGGGUCGAGAGAAGAAAAGAUUGCUAAAAAGAUUCAUCGUCAAAGCUACAUUUAACGAUUGCACUCGCCUCGCGACCGGGAACUCGAAGGAUUUGCCACCGGUUGCGCCAUUCGAGAAACAUGAUCGUCUCGAAAGCUUUGAAAAGCGCGAUCCGAAGCCAACUAUUUCCCCUGUACGAUUCGAAUCUGAUACCGAGAUGGUAGUGCGAAUGGAACAAACGAGCAAAUCAAAAACGAUUACGUACCUGUGUCUUUGGAAUGUGCAAAAAAGAAAAAGAGAAAGAGAAAGAAAAAGAGAAAGAGAAAGAAAAAGAGAAAGAGAAAGGGAAAGGAGGGAAAGGUCACCUCGAGUUCUUGGUAGUGUGCAUGUGGGUCGAUCAUUGAUCGUUCUUAUUACAACAAUUUUUACGUUACAGGGCGUUUUUUCCUCGGAUUAAGUAGUAUGUAAAUACACCUUGAUAUCACAAGCAUAAACUGAGAAUUUACUGGUAAACUUAAAUCAAGUACAUAAUGCGAAAUAGGGUUAGUUUCUAUGUAAAUACCUAAAGCUGGACGAGUGCAUACACCUCGUUCACGCAACCAACGAUAAUCGUUUUUAUCGAACCAAUGCUUCUGUUCGUCAUCGGUGUACGCCUGGUCGUUGGUGAUCGCCCUUGUACAACCCGUUUGCCAAACAAUACCGUCGGCGAAAAUCAACAUGCAGAAGAAGGGGGGGGUUUGAGCAAGAACGUUCUCCAAAAUGGGCGUCGCUGAUCGGGAAAUUUUUUUUUCUCGACACUGAUACACCCACACAGUUACACAUACACGCUCACAUACACACAGCAUUGCGAUGGAUUGUACAGCUACGAUAGGAUAGAUAAGUAAGCCUCAACACAAUUCUUCACACACUCGCACCACCGGCACCGACUAGCCUCCAAAUUAAGACAGGGACCAAACGUUUGGCGAACACAAUUUUUCCGACAAAUUUUCUUAACGAUAUACGUAGGAGAACGCGAACAACACUUUUUUCCAAAGGCAUUCAACGUUUCCGGCGCGAACGAUUCGUUUGUUUCGGCAAAGGUGCGGCGCACCACUAUCGAAAUACAGAUAUCGCGGCAUUCGGUUACAAAGUCAAGUAGAACGAGCGGAUAAAUGUCGGACAUUUCGCGGCCAGAUGAUGGAAAUUCGGAAUUAGGCAAACAUCAGGCGCACGUUCGGUAAUCAUCUGACGAAGCGAAACGCACCGAAAGGAAAAUUAAAACGCGACUUAAAAAUGCCAUUUGGACAUAGACAAACAGGAACGAGAAGAAGAAAUUGAUCGAAAAAUUUAUGCAGCGGAUCACCUUUGCAAAACAAACGAAGAGGUAUAAAAUAAAGAUAAAAAAGACGAUUCUACGGUCCCUCGACAAAACAAGCAAACGGCAAAAAGGAAAAAAAAACAAAAGAAAAAUCAUCAAAAAAAUAAUGGUGCACGAAAAUAGGAGCGGAGGAGAUGAUACGAAGAGAUUUAAAAAAAGCAACAGCAUCACCACUUUUCACCAUCACUAUCGCCAUUAUCAAAAGUAAGAAAAUGUUAACAACAACAACAAUACAUAAAUAAACACAAGCAGCAGAGCACAACGUCGAGAUCCUUCAUGAUGGUAGUCGUGAAAGGAUUCCGAGGCGACAAGCUUUUCACCGGUGCAUCCUGCCGUGCGCCGAGGGUUGCUUUUUCAUUGAACGUGAAACAACGAAAGAAAGAAUGGUAAAAACGUCGAAAGAGGAUAGAAAAGAAAAGAGAGAGAGAGAGAGAGAGAGAGAGAAAAAAAAAAGAAACAGUAAACGAUGCAAAAUCGGUAGAAGAAAAAGGGGCAGCCGACUCAACUCCCCCGCACACAUCACAUCCCCGCGCGAGAAGGAGGAAUUAUUCCCGAGGCGCCGGCCCGUGCCCCGCGAACGUGUACCAUAAUUAUUAAAAAUUAAACAAAACACACAGCAAGUUACAAUAGCUCUAGUAGUGUAUGUUCUGUAAUCGAAGAAUGAUAAGCAAAGAUAACGAAAUAAAAAAAAAAAAUGGCGUGCUCGCCGUCGUAGGCGUGCCGGCAAAAAAAUCACAAAAAAAUAAUUUACAAAUAUAUUGAUUUACAUAUGCCCGUAACUCGUAAGCGGGCCGGUGGCGCAACGCGUCUACCUUUGCCGGAUUUUCAACCAAGCUUACCACUGUCGCUAUUACCACUGUCGCUAUUAUCGAUGUCGCUAUUAUCACUGUAGCUACGCGAUAGGACGUGUCGCGUCGCAACACACACGUACACGCACAGGGACACAGCGAAGAAGAGAGAAGAAAGAAGAUGGAAGAAACGAGUCCGACUCGGCAAAGGCAAAGGCAAAGGAAAAGGAAAAGGAAAAGGAAAAGGAAAAGCAACUAGUCGUCCAAGUGGCCGGCUCUCGACACGCCGCGUCACAAGAACAGCGUUACAGAGCUGUGGCAGAGCGAACGAUGGACGAUGGAAAGUGUGAUUAAUAGAGAGAAGAAAGGAGAAGAAAAUGGCACGACGAGUAGACGAACGAACCGUCAAGUGUUAAACGCGACAGAAGAAGCGGUAAAACGUUGAGGAGAAAACUGGUGAAAUGAAAAUCAACGAGCAGGGGCAAGCACGUGGUCUGCAAAACCAGCCCUUACCCAUAAUCUUAAUCUCUUUCAUGUAAAUUUGCUAAAUGUUUAAAUAAUCUAAAAAAAUGCCAUAGCCCGGAUGCGCUGGUGUAUACUCCCAGUGCAUACACACUCACAAAUACGACUCGACCUCACGAAUCAAACGCAAAAUCCGCGUCGCCAGUUCUUCGAUGGAUGGCACGCGGUAAAAUUGGUAUUCUCGCCAAGGAGCAAACAGUUUACAAUUGCACAAUUGACAGAAUCACAGACAAGCACACGACAAGAUGAAGACAAAACCGAGGCCCGCGUUUCACCGUGACGCGACGUCGGGAAUGAAUCGUCGCGGAGGAUCCGCGAUCUCGGCCAAUACACGAGUAAAAUCAAAGUUGCCCUGGUUCUCGAGCGUGCAACCCCGCGCGCUCACACACAUUCCAUACACAGGUUGUACAAUCGUCCACGUCCGUUGCCGAUAGUACGGCCGACACACUUGCGCCUGGCGCAUGCACCAAUCCAUACACACCUUCUACACGUGUUACACUCUAUACACUCUUUACACUUUGUACACUUGAUUACACACGCUACGGAUAUGUAAAGCCAAUUGAUUUUGUAAAUUGUCGAAAAAAAGCAGCAGACAUUCAAAAAACCAGAACGAUUCGGCCUUUUACGGUACUUUUUCCACGAACGUUAAAAUAUUUCAAACGCAUUGCGGAAACCAAAAGUCAAAAUGUUAGAACGUUUACUACCGAUCCGUUUGAAAAGAUGCACGCGAGGAUCGUCAGCGAUCCGUUCUCGCUUUUCAAGCGGAAAGGAAUCGUUUCGAGCGCAAGUGAACGAGGAUUUACGGUUGAUAUACAAAAAGCAAUUGAUUCAAAAGACAUAUGAAAUAAAAGAAAAAGAAAAAAAAGAUGGAAGAAAAAUCAGCACGAAAACCGAAGCAAAAUUCGCGGCCUUUGGCAUACGUUUGGAUGCAGAACCGAUGAUGAAACGGCGUUUGCGUCUCGUACGCUGACGUCACACCAUGCAUCCCGGAAUUGACGUUAAUAAACCCGGAUGUGACGUGACAUAUCCUUCGUUGAAGAAUGUCAAAGAAAAUCAAAGAACCGAGUGUGGACAGGCUGGUAAUCGAGGCGGGCCACCAUACGAACCGACAAUGUUUGGUAGUAAAGAAGAAACGAUGAAAACCAAUCAACCAACCAACCAACCAACAAACGAACGAACAAAGGUGUAAGAAAACGUGCCAAGAGAUGGACGUUGAACGAAAAAGAUGGCGCGCCUCGAGUAUACUACGGUAUUGGUAUACUAGGUAGAAAAGAAGAGAAACGCCUGUCCCACGUACAGAAACCAGUGUAAUAACCAUCCUAGCAAGUAGCAACGGCAUUAGGAGAGCCGUUGUUCAAAUUCGCGGCUUUACAAGCAAAAACCGUUGAUUUGUUUUCGAUCGGGUUUUAAUUUUUUAAUGAAAUAAUCUCACAACGAAUAUACCACGUACGGUCGCGCGCUAAUCGAUCCAUGCGAGAAGAUGGGGCAAAGACGUAUGUGUAUAUUCGUGGCAGUGUGUAUCGUAAGUGCGCAGCAUAUGAUAAAACCGACAGUCUAGCAGUGCGAGCGCCUCGGCGGCAUUUGCGUUUUCACGCGAUGUCCCUGACCGAGCCUCCGUGAUUAAAAACCGGAAUAAGUUGUUUCAAUGUCCACUAUAUAAAUGAAGAGGCAUAGCUGAUAAGACGGUGGGUUUGCGUUCGCCGUUCGCCGUUCGCCGUUCGCCGUUCGCCGUUCGCCGUUCGCUGUUCGCCGUUCGCCGUUCGCCCUUCUCGAGUCGUUCGUCCCGUUUCGUCCGCGAGAUAAUAUAACAUACUUGUCGGAGCACGAUGCGUUCUUGACGGACGAACUCUAAUCGUGCGAAUAAGAAAUGGAGGCUGCGAUACCAUCCCCCGGAGUUCCAAGUAAAAACCCAAAAUCUCUAGAAUAUUCUUUAACACGAGCUUAAACGUUCUGGCAACGUGGAAAACUUCAUGUUCGAUUUAUUAUGGAAAGGACAAAGUAUAGCGAAAUUUUCUUGUCCAUCGUCUUGAUCAUCUUCAGGCACUUUGACCAACGUAUCGGGACAAAACUAAACGGGACUGUUUCAAAAGGAAAGACGACGAGACAACAACAUUUUCUUACGAAUAUGCUGAGACUCCAGCAGAGUAGUAACGUGCCGCGAAUUUCAUCGAUCGAGACGCCAAUCGGUAAAACAAUCGUCGACGACGAACGUGCGAACCCACCGUGCUGGCUCGUCGUUGCGAUCCGAGGAAGCCUCGACGCUUCUCGGUUUUCACGACGAGUCGAUACUCUUUUCAAAAUAUUCUCCAAAUUUUUGUUCACGAGAAUGUGUUUUCUUUACCCUAACCCCAUUUACAACCCGCCGUAUACGCGUCCGAGGAGAAAAACCGAGUCCAAAGCUUCUUUGCUCGAAUCUAGAAAAUGUUACGAAAACUCGUACUCGACGCUUUCAAGUAUAACAAGUAAUUAGAAACGAUAGGAUAGAACGUAUGUAGGGAAAUUUCGAGGAUAAUAUGGAAAAAAGGUAAAAGUCCGCUUAGUGGGUGCCUUCGUCAGGGUUUUCUGUUACAGUUAAACAGACGUUUCAAGUAUAACUCACAACUAGUAGUACUAUGGUAGAACAGUUAUUACAGUGUACCGCAAUAAACAGUUAACUAAGUAAGUAUACAGGAAGCACAUGGUCUUUUCAGUGUCUACAAUCUUGUCGUACACCACCGCCAAUCGCGUAGUGGAACGACCGGAAAUACCGGAUUCAUUUCGUACGCAAUUUCCUCUGGAAAUCCCUCGGAACAUCCCUCGACAUCCGACACAAAAACGUGAUUCCCCCGCAAACUUUUCGACGUCGAAAACAUUUUUGCAAUUCGAAUGAACGUGCGGUCCAUCCAUAUCGUAACUCGACGAAAUUACAUUCGAAAUUAUCCCGAAGAAGAUACUCCAAUCGGCAAGACGAGGGACCUACGACGUUUUACCCGUUCGACCCGACCGCCGUUCGUUUCCUCAACCCCCGCCGAUUCCUCUCCUCAAAAUCCAAUCAGUAUUUAACAGAAUAAAUAUGCUACUAAGUGUACUAAGUGUUCGUAGUUUAGGCAACGUGUACGUUGUAUGCUCCGAAUAGGUGAGAGAGAAAGAUAACCGAGAGAGCGAAAGCGAGAGCGCGAAAGGGAGACGAUUGUACGGUGGAGUCACACAUAUUUAAACUAACAGAUAAUAAUUAAUUAAUUACAGUACCGUAACCAUUUGUCAAGUCAAGUUAAUUAACAGUUAACCGUAACGCAUACACGCAUAAUUAUUAAUUAAACGUACUCGACUCUAUAUUCUAAGGACAGCAGCGACCGCACACAGCGUCGUCGCAUUUAUUCGAUAAAUCGCGCAGGCACUCACUACGGAAGUGAAUCGAAGGACUGUGGGACUCGGACGCGGAUCGGAAGGUGCUUGAACGAGCGUCGCGACGCGUACAGUAUUAUCAACGAGAAACUGUCGAAAAUCUUUAGAUCUGUGAAACGGCACUCGGAAAAUAUCCUGGAAACAGAGAAACAGAGAAACAGAGAAACAGAGAAACAAUACAGAAAACAUCGGAAUCUUAGUGGCUUGUUGGUCGAAGAAACGCGAAGCUACGGGCGUUCAAGUUUCCCCCGUUUUUCAUUAGUCUUUCAAGUGCAGCGUUCAGUUACUUCACUUAUGACGUUGCUUUCAACACAAUACAAAACACCCCGCCACCCAUCCCUACAGAUCAAACCCAUUCACCGUAUCCUCAACCCACGGGUAAUCCUCUCAGUGCCAACCCCCAGUUUCACGUGUACGCAUUGUUUCAAAUUUGUUCGCCACGUCUCAGUUACGAUUUUCACGCGACGUCAGUCCGUAUACCGCGUUCUCCUCUUCAUUAACUAAAACACGUUCCAUUUCGAGACAAAUUUUCUCACAAAAUUCAAUACAACGAAACGCAAUACUCACCGUGAUUCGUUGCGUUUCGUUGCGAUUCCUUGCGAUUCCUUGCGUUUCGCUGUGUUUCGUUCCGAUUAAAACACGAAAACGUAUUACCCGGGAUGACAAAAGAAAUCUUUACUAAAAACAAAUACUUUAGAGAAAUUAUCGCUUGAUCAGUUCAAGUUCGGAGUAAAUAAAUUUCGGAAAAUGUGAGAAAUACGGCGGCACACGGCUGGCGUCGAUUAUCGAUGAAAAGCAAACGAGUUAAGUUUCAAAUGUCAGACAUUUUACGUACAGUUUGUUAUCAAGUAACACAGCGCAGAUUAUUGUUAAUUUUCGGCGCCCGUUUUCGUCGCGUUUCUAUUCGUCUCCGAUGAGAACAACUUACGGAGAAACCGCGAAGCAAUUGGUGGUAAAACGGCAGUCUAGCACGAUGCGACGAAAAUGUGCGUGCUCGGGUUUAAUGGUAUCGAUUGAGUUUGGUCGAAGUCCCCUUUUGGGCAAAUUAUAUCGACGCACUUCCGGUUCCACCGGCCCGUCCAAAUUCAGACGAUCGGAGAAAGGCACUAAGAGAGAGCCUGCUUUCGUCCGGAUCAUCAAUUCGAAAUUCAAUUCUAGUCAAAAAAGGGUACAAAGCCGUGAACGAGUUGACUCGUUUGGCAAAAAAGAUCGGUACUUAUUUAUCGCGAGUUGUUCGAGCGCGAGGAAAAACCGGGUCGAAUCGAAAUCGAUCGGUACGAGGCUCGUGGAAAAAUGGUACGAAAGAUCGGAGCUCGGAGAAGCUCGGAGAAGCUCGGAGAAGCUCGGAGAACCUCGGCGGCCUGUCGAUCGAAAUUGGCGUAGGGGGGAAAAACAAAUCUUUUCGAUGAAAUUCCGAGGACGAAUUCUGAAAAAGAAAUGGGCCGGUGGGACCGUAUACUGGAAAAAUAUCCGCGUUGUUGACAAAAGCAAGUAGCCUCUUUUCGUUGUAUCAAAAGUCGGCCAAAGUCCGAUCGAUCCUUGUAUAAGCAAAAACGACACACUUUCAAAAUCCUAGAAAAUGGAUGUACGGUGCGAAUGAAUAUUUCGAAAGCUUCGAUGAUAAAAAUUGUUAUUGCUCAUUCGUAUUUUAUUUUCUUUUUUUAUUCUGCAAAAUGCCUGCCCAUCCACGCUUUUCAGCCAGGACACUAGGCGGAUCCUCGUUCGCGUUUUAAAAAUACAUCCAAGUUGUGUCGAUUCUCUCUUUCUCCUUUUGAGACGGACAACAACAAUUCCUAUUUCGCUGGUAAGACGGGACAACAAAACGCGACACGAAGGUCUGCCACACUGUUCCAGCAUUUUGAUACCGCGAUUAAUCCACUACUACUAUUAUUAUUAUUAUUAUUAUUAUUAUUAUUAUUAUUAUUAUCGCUAUUACUACCGCUAUUAUUAUUAUUAUUAUUAUUAUCGCUAUUAUUACCGCUACUAGUUUAUAACGGUUAGUUGAUUAUAACGAAAAAAUUGCUAAAGGGCAAUUGGAGGCGUAUUUUUUAGAGAGAAACGAGAAAGAGAGCGCGAGCUCGGUUCAAGUUCGCUCGAAUCAUCCAAGCCAUAAUGUUACACUCACUGUCGAUCGAUUGCAAUCUUGAAAGAAAAACGAAAAAAAAAAAGGAAAAAAAACAGUAAAAUGAAAAAUGAAAGAAGCGAAUCGACGAAGAAUCGGUAGCAAAAGAAUAGUAGUCAUGUUUCGAGAUUCUCCUUUUUUUUCUCUUUAGUUUUCCUUAUUAUGUUUUUUUAUACAAACAUACAUAUACAAAUACAUACUUGUAUGUAUACACGAACACACGCAUAUAUAUUUAUAUUAUAUAUAUAUAUAUAUAAAAGAAAGAGAGAGACAGAGAGAAAAAGAGUUAUACUCGUUAAAUAUUAUAUGUUAUUUGUAGACUUAUUAUUUAUACGUGAAGGAAGCCGGUACGUAAAAGUUGUACGUAGGGUGUUGAAGGAACGCGUUUUAAACAAUCAAAUUCUCAGUCUUUCUCGCUGUUUUACUCGUAAUUAACUCGUAAUUAACUCGUAAUUAAUUCGCAAAAUAGUUCGAAUUACGUAAAUGCGAAGAAAAAUUGAGUAGAAAAUUCAUCUUGAUUUCCAUGUCUUCCCUUUAAUUUUAACGAUUUUUCAUUUUAACGCGUAGCAUCGCGCACGACUGAGAAUUAUAUGCCACUGACAACUCGCGUCGUUUGUUAAGCUUUAUUUCUACUACUUUUUAGCGUGAAAAGAAAUCCUCGCUUUGUCCUUUUCUUCUAUAUUUUUUUUUUUUUUUUUCUUCUUUAAAGAAUAAUCACGCGCGUUAGUCGAUCGAGGAGUUGGACAAAAAAUACAUUAUCACGUGCGUUAUACGUUCCUUUUUGUCUCUUUUAUGUACAUCGUACAUAUUGUCCUCGUUCGAGUUGGAAGAGUACCGGGAGAAAACGAAACAGCAUUUCGAAGCGUAGCAUCUCGAUUUUCAUUCUUCUCUUUGGAAAACUAAAAAUAAUCAGCAGCGUUUUGUGUCGAUUCAACUUUCGUCAAUCGAGUCUCAGUGUCCUGAAUCGGGAGAUAGCACAAAAAAGCAUUCUCGUUUACGUAAAACUUUUUAAUUCAUCCUCAAACGAGAACACUGACAUUCGAUCGUUUUAUUCAUCCGAACGGUAAGCAUUCUCCUGCGUACUUUUCAACUGCACUUCGCGACGUUUUUAUUCACCGAUCGUCGUGUACGUACGAACCGAGAGACAGAUCGUAUCGUUGCAUCUGAUCUCUAUUCGAGUUCCUAUUUUGAGGUGCAGGAGAAGAAAGAAAGAAAGAAAGAAAGAAAGAAA